AUGAAAAAACCAACAAGAACGCCAUUAAAUCGUUCCACCACUCGACAACGUCGUAAACAAUCACAACAACAACAAAAUGACAAUGAUAGUAAUAGUAGUAGUGGUAGUGAUAUUGAUGAUGAAAUUAAUCAUCGGAAUGCAAAUAAUUCAUCAUCAUCAAUAAUUACUACUACUACUACUACUACUAUUAAACAUUAUGAUAAAAUUGAAGAUUAUCAACAAGAAUGGUAUUCUAAUAAUUCAUCAAAUAAUUCAUCAAAUAAUUCAUCAUCAUCUAAUAAUAAUAAUUUCCAUAAUACUACUACUACUAUUGAAACAAGUUUAGGAUUUGAAAAUAAAUUUAAAUUUGAUGAAUGUGUUAGAUAUGGUAAAUAUUCACCAUUAGAAGCCUAUUCAAUUGAUAUGCAUAUUAAAUAUUUAAAUAUUUAUGCCAAUGUUCAAGGAAGUUCAAUUUAUAUUUGGAAAUUUGAAAAUGAAAAGAGUAAAAUUAUUCAUAUUAUUGAAAAUGAACAAAAACAAAUUGAAUAUUAUUGUAUUAGAUGGUCUAAAUGGAAUGAUAAAUAUAUUUUAGCAGUGUGUGGAUCUGCACAAUUUGUUUCUUUAUAUGAAAUUGAAAUUUCAAAUGAAAAUUUAGUUAAAACUAAUUUAAUUGGAAAUUUAAAUGGACAUGGAAAUAGUGUUAAUUGUAUUUGUUUUCAUCCUAAAAUGAAUGGUUUAGUAUUAACUGGAAGUAAUGAUCAUUCAAUUCGUUUAUGGGAUUUAAAUUUAAAUUUUGAAACUGUUGCAAUUUUUCAAAGUCAUUUAGCUGGAAUUAUUAGUUUAUCAUUUCAUCAAAAUGGAAAUUAUUUUGUUAGUGGUGCUAUGGAUAAUACUUGUAGAAUAUUUGAAAUUGAUUAUCAUGUUUAUAAUUAUAUUAAUUUUCAAAAAAGAUAUUAUCAAUUAGAAAAUUAUAAAAAUAAUAAUUUAAAUAAUUUAAAUAAUAAUAAUAAUUUAAAUAAUAAUAAUUUAAAUAAUAAUAAUUUAAAUAUUAAUAAUAAUAAUAAUUUAAAUAAUAAUAAUAAUUUGAAUAUUAAUAAUUUAAAUUUAAAUAAUGAAAAGAUUGAAAUAUUUACUAAAAAUUGUACAUGUAAUACAGAUAUUCAAACACUUAAAUUACCAAUUAUUAAAUCUGGAAGUGUUUAUUUAUAUCAUAGAGGAUAUGUGGAUUCAUGUCUAUUUUUGGGAGAUGUAGUUUUAUCAAAAACAAAUAGUGCUGAAUCAUCUACUAAUGAUCCAGGUGAUUCAGUUAUUGUUUGGAAACCUGAUAGUGUUACUGAACAAAGUGGAUUUAAUGUAAAUUCAGAGGAGGAUGAAAUUUCAAUUAUUCACAGAUUUAAAGGAAGUCAAUCAUAUUUUUGGUGGUUAAAAAUGGCAAUUAGUGAUAAAUAUUUAGCUAGACCAUUACAUGAUGGACGUGUUGAAUUAUUUUCAUUUGAACAUGUUGGAUUAUCAUUCUAUUCAAGACCAUGUGCUAUUCUACAUCAUUCAUCAGAGUUAGUGAGAGAGUGUAUAUUUUCAAGAGAUUCAAAAUAUUUAUUUGUUUUACAGAGUAAUGGUAAAAUUACAAGAUGGAAAAUAAAUUAA